AUUAUAAUACAUUGCAUAAAGCCAUUUCAAAUACAUUGUAUUUAGUUUUUUAUAUAUAUAAAAAAAAUUCUUCUGAUCAAUGUAAAUUCUUCAAUAUGAAUCAAUUCCAAACGUUACCUUUACGAUUGUCUAUACUAUAUCUAUUUAGGGUAACAUUAGAUGUGCAAAGAGCUUUAGGCUCCUAAAUUAUCUUAUAAAUCAACAUGAUGCUUGUGAUGCAUGUGUAACAUAAAUAUCUAUCUGGAAAAAAAUAAAAAAAUAAAAAAUUUAGCAGACUGUCUUAACAACAGAGCCAUGAAAUGGGAAGCAACGAAACACUUAAAGAUGGAGGCUAAAAUGGUCAUUUGGAUAAAAUAAAAAAAAUUAAAGAGGUCUUCUUUUUAAUCUGUCCCUUGGUGUUUUGUUUUUGUACCUUUUUCUCUGACUCUCGUACAAAAAUUGUUCUCUCUCACUUCUUUUGUGUCUGCCAAAAACCAGUCUAUGCUUUCACUAAACGAGCAUGUUGAUGGAAUGGAAAUGACAAUUGUUUUGUUUCUGUGAAGUGACAACCACCCAGCUUUCCAGAUACUAGGGAGGAAGAAGAGAAUAAUGGCUCAUCAGGAUGAAGGAUGGCCUUUGGGAUUGCGACCACUGAAUGCAAGAGUUGGGUUGAUCAGAAGCCGGGAUUUCUCUGCCGGGUCGGUUUCAUUCAGCACUUUGGUCAGUGGCUCUCCAACCUCUUCCAUUGCCGCUUCUUCUUCUUCUUCUUCCUCAGAUCUUGAUACAGAGUCAACUGGGUCUUUCUUCCAUGACAAGAGCAUCACUCUAGGGAGCCUCCUUGGUGUUUCUGGCAUUAUAGGCCUCUCACGAAGAUCAACGAGGAGAAGGGCAGUUGAAACCUCCAAAGGUAAAAAGAACCACAAAUCCAAACCUUGGUUGUUUUCACUCUGCUCCAAGCUAACCAGCGACUCUGUGAAUGAGAGUAAUAACACUCCAUCCUUAGGUCACUUUCUUGAAGUAGAAAGGAGAGCAAGUAAUAACAACAUUAACAGAAGAAAUCACGGUGGACCGAUUGAAUACGGGACUGACAAUUUCUCACCGGCUGUGCCGGUUUCAGACCCCAACAGGCUAUUCGUAGACGGCCUAGUAGCAGCUGGUCAGCCAAGUUCUUCACACAGAGCGGAUGGUGGAGCAAGAUCCAACAGGAAGCUAUUAGAAUCUGGCAAUGGAUUUGGAACUCCAUUAGUGUCAUCAUGUUUGUGUGGACAACUCGUGAAAUGAUUGACCCCUCAUUGGAAUUUGUAUUUAGUAAGCUCUGGAUUUAUUGUUCAUAAUAUUAAAGAUUCAGCUUGCAAAUUGUUUCAAGAGAGGAGUGUCAGGCUAUUGGUAUGUAACUCAUUAAUGGAGCCUAAGGGAAGUAGGUUUUUAAUACAACUUUGCCUUUGGAGUU